AUGCACUUUGCCGUCCCUGCAUACGUCCGGGGAGUGAAUUUGGAGCCGCCGUGUAUCGAGACCUCGGGCUAAGUCAUCUGCUCCGCCGGCACCUGGAAGGAAGCUGGAUCUGUAACUUUUUCCUGGUUCUCCCAAAGGCCUGCAACCUCUUGCCCCUACUCCAGGGGUAAGGGGGGGGGGGGACGUUUCAGAAGAGUGGAGCCUUUUACCCGUCGGGAAAGGCAGCCGCGUUUGCUUUUUCCCGGCCUGGGGAAGCUUAGGUUCAGGAUUUCCUCUGUGUAUUACUUCCCCCUUGGAGACUGUUUUGGUAGGAUCGACAAUGCCAUGAACGAGAGCGGCGCUUCUUGCUCCCCAGCCGAACACACCGUGCACCGUGGAGUUCGGUAGAGGAGGCCGAGGCAGCCUGUGACCUUGCCAUGGCUGGGAGCGGUUACACGGACCUGCGAGAGAAGCUGAAAUCAAUGAUGCCUUACCGGGACAACUACAAGAGCGGCGGCCAGCGGGACCCCGCCGAGCCCCCCUACGGAGCCACCGGCGGCACCGCCAAGCGCAAGUACCGCAAGGACUCUGACUCGGAGCCCAGCGACGGCGAGGAGCGCCAGCGGGAAGAGGAGGAGGCCCAGAAAGUGAAGAGCGGCAUCCGGCAGUUCCGCCUCUUCAGCCCUGAGGAGUGCGCCAAGAUCGAGGCCCGCAUCGACGAGGUGGUCUCCCGGGCCGAGAAGGGGCUUUACAAGGAGCACACGGUGGACAGGGCCCCUCUCCGGAACAAGUACUUCUUCGGGGAGGGCUACACGUACGGGUCGCAGCUGCAGCGGCGGGGGCCCGGCCAGGAGCGGCUGUACCCCCGGGGGGAGGUGGACGUCAUUCCCGAGUGGGUCCACGACCUCGUCAUCCGGCGGCUGGUGGAGCACCAGGUCAUCCCCGAGGGCUUUGUGAACAGCGCGGUGAUCAACGACUACCAGCCGGGGGGCUGCAUCGUCUCCCACGUGGACCCCAUCCACAUCUUCGAGCGGCCUAUCGUCUCCGUGUCCUUCUUCAGCGACUCGGCCCUCUGCUUCGGCUGCAAGUUCCAGUUCAAGCCCAUCCGGGUCUCCGAGCCCGUCUUCUUCCUGCCCGUGAGGAGAGGGAGCGUCACCGUACUCAGUGGCUACGCAGCUGAUGAAAUCACGCACUGCAUUCGACCACAAGACAUCAAGGAGAGGAGAGCGGUCAUCAUCCUUAGGAAAACCAGACUCGACGCUCCCCGGCUGGAGACGCGAUCGUUGAGCAGCUCUGUGCUGACGCCCGGCUAUGCCUCGGACCGCCUGUCAGGAAGCAACAGGGACCCCGCCCUGAAACCAAAGAGGUCCCACCGCAAAGCAGACCCGGACGCUGCUCACCGGCCUCGGAUUUUAGAAAUGGAUAAAGAGGAGAACCGGCGCUCGGUCCUCUUGCCGAAACACCGGAGGCGGAGCCACUUCAGUUCCGAGAACUAUUGGCGAAAGUCUUAUGAGUACACGGAGGACUUAGACGAAGAGGAGGAAGACGGGAGCCCGGCCCGGAAAGUGAAGAUGAGGCGGCACUGAGAGAGAGAGAGAGAAAG